AUGGUUCAAAUUGCCAUGUUGUUACGGAAGUUUGCUGGGUGUGCCCUUGAACCUGAUUAUGGUCUCAAUCGGCUCCAUCAGGGGGCCACCACACCCAACCUGCGGGGUCUGCUGUGCACCAUGUUACUCCUCUGCUAUUAUACCUUCCUGACCUUCAUCUUAGGGGUAGGUGAAGAUGACUUCACAGAGGCUGAGGCCUUGCUGAAUCCAUACCUCUCCCGUUACCCCAAGAGUGCCGUUUUCCUGUUCUUUGCGGGGAGGAUAGAGGAGAUCAAAGGGAACAUCAACGAGGCCAUCACGAAGUUUGAGGAGGGCUGCUCAGCCCAGCAAGCCUGGAAGCAGUUCCACCACAUGUGCUACUGGGAGCUGAUGUGGUGCUUUGCGUACAAGGGGAUGUGGAAGAUGGCCUACUUCUACGCAGACCUGCUAAGCAAGGAGAAUCAGUGGUCCAAGGCGAUGUACGUAUACAUGAAGGCUUCCUUCCUCAGUAUGCUGCCCCAGGGUGAGCCGCGGCCUUUUGGGGAGGACGAGGCGACACUCUUCAGGCAGGUUUCCUCCUUCAAGCAGAAGAUCGCCGGGAAGUCUCCCCCUACAGAGAAGUUUGCCAUCCGCAAAGCGAGGCGCUACAAAGCCAGCGAGCACAUCCCCUUGCCUGUGCCGGCUCUGGAGAUGAUGUACAUGUGGAAUGGCUUCACGGUCUUGCGCAAGCAGCGAGAAUUGCUUGAGGGCAUGCUGGACACACUGAUGCAGGCAGAGAAGCAGCUGCAAGCAGCACCAGCCAGUGAGUAUCAGGUGGACGAUCAGUGUCUGGUUCUGCUUCUCAAGGGACUAGUCCUCAAACACCUGCAUAAUCCAACGGAGGCUGAAGGUUGCUUCAGUGCUGUCCACGCCAGCGAGAAGAGGAUCCGCUACGACCACUACUUGGUCCCCAACGCGCUGCUGGAGCUGAGCCUGCUGUACGUGGGGCAAGGCCGGAGCGAGGAGGCUGUGCGGCUACUCCGCAGGGCAAAGAACAACUAUAAGAACUACUCAAUGGAGUCACGAACGCUCUUCCGGAUCCACGCCGUGUUGUCCAAACUCAAGGCCGUCCAGGAAGAAAAUGGUGCCGACGGAGCCAGCCCUUCCUAGGGCAGGAGAUGCUCGCUGCCUGAUUGUGAAGGAAGAGGCGGGCUGUUGUCCAGAGCACCCCGGACCAAAGAGAUAAACUGCCAAAGCUUUGUGAUGCUGACUCCAUCCUCGAGUGGAUCAGUCCAAAGGAGUUUGUUGCCAUCAAAACUGUGCCGCUUGGCUCUAAAGGUCUAGUAGUGGCUGACCUGUAGUCUAUGGGAAUGGGUAGGCUUCCUCAGCCAAUGGGAAAUGCUUGCUAAUCAGUGAAGCUCAAGGAAGGAAGCCGCCUCACUAAUCAAUCUCUUCUCUCAGGGUCCUACAAAUGAGAGCAAAGUUCUCCCCCUCCCCCCAAGUCCUAUGACAACUUGGAAAUAGCAUUGGGGGUACAGUGCUGUGCUUCAUAGGUCCCCUGCUUUGUAUUCCUUAGCAUAGGGGGGUGUCCAGCUCUGGUGUCCCACAUGUUCAUGGACUACGAUUCCCAUAAAUUUGUGCACUCCCAACACAUUCCUGCUGGGUGACCUUGGGCUAGUCACAAUUCUUUGGAGCUCUCUCAGCCCUACUCACCUCACAGGGUGUUUGUUGAGGGCGGGGAAGGGAAAGGCGUUUGUAAGCCCCUUUGAGUCUCCUUACAGGAGAGAAAGCGGGGAUAUAAAUUCAACUCUUCUUCUUCCCGGUCUCCGCUCCUUGGCUCAACAACCCACCCUCCCGGCUCCCUCGGAGCCUCUCUAUGCCCUGCUGGUAUUAAGGAGAUCCAGUUUGGGCCCUUCUCAAGUGACGGAAACUCCUCUCACUCUGUGGCCUUCUCUUUUGCAAUGGUGGAGGGAGCUUUUUUGAAAAAUAGGAUCUGUAGGCAGUUUCCAAAUGUUGGCCAAGAAACAUUUACAGGCAUUUGGGGACCAUGGAGAGGACUUCAGUCCAGGACUUUGUGGCAGGAAGCAACCGACUGUCCUUGUCCCCCAGAUGCAGAUUUCAGAAUGGCUUGCAUUUGGGGGAUGAAAUCAAGGUUCUCUUUUGUUUCGCACCUUCACCUCCAGAAAGAGCAACUGGGCCCAGAAGCCUCUGCGAGGCAUAUCGUGACAGAUCCCGGCUCUUUCUGCUCAGCGGACGUGCCGCCUUUGGGUGUGCAUUUUUAUUGAUGAUCAUCCUUCUUAAAAGCAACCUGCAUGUCUGUGUUUGGAACAUCUAGACAGCUGGCAGGGGCUGAUGGGAAUUGUAGUCCAUGAACAUCUGGAGAGCCGCAGGUUGCAGACCCCUGGUCUAGAUCUCCUGUGAGCCCAAUCGUUGCACUAACUGCAUAAUAACUUUUAGCCGCAAACUGCACACUUUUACUGGGGCAUGUAGACAUGUUCUAGCAUUGCUGGCUGGCACCAUCCUGCCGCAGUAAGGUCCGUGGGGUGAGAAGAGAAGGGACCUUUGGUCCUGGUGUUGGCAACCUCAUCUGCCCAGAAUUUCUUCUGGCCCAACCUUUACUCAGGGUUGUGCUAAUAAGAGACAUUUUAAACCAGGGGUCCCCAAACUUUUUAAACAGGGGGCCAGUUCACUGUCCCUCAGACUGUUGGAGGGCCGGACUAAAAAAAACUAUGAACAAAUUCCUAUGCA